CAUAAAGCCUUCUGCAUCACCACGUCUAAAAUUUCACCGUAUUUUCUAAAAAAUAUUCUAGGCAGUACUUGGAAAAAUAAUUAGAGCAGAAUCGCACCGACUGCCACAUACUCUAGUACGAGUAUUGGGUGCUGUCCAAGGUACUAAACUCCUCUAGCCCAGCUUUACUCUACUACAUGCCAACUGGUAGCUCCUGACACCCAGUUCCAGCACUCUUUAAAUCAACGCACAACUUUCAGCCAUGGAUGAGGGUUAUAGAGACCGCACAGCCUUCAUUAAAGGUGCUAAAGACAUUGCCAAAGAGGUCAAAAGGCAUGCGGGUAAAAAGGUAGGCCGCCAUGUGGACAAGGUGGCCGAUGAGUACACCAAGCGCUCUUACACUCGCUUUGAAGAGGAAGACGAUGAUGAAGACUACCCUGUGCAGGCUCAGGAUGGCAGCUAUUACCGUAGCAACAGCAGGGCCAAUGACGAUGAUGGGGCUCACAGUGACUCUACGGAAGGCCAUGAUGAAGAUGAUGAGAUAUAUGAGGGUGAAUACCAGGGCAUCCCUAGAAACGACUCUGUGGAAAAGGGGGACAGACAGGUGGACGGAGUGGGACAGUCGCAGUUCCGGGACAUGACACAGUACGAGGGCGAGAGGAGGAAAGACCAGGAGGAGUUGGCCCAGCAAUACGAGACCAUUCUCCAGGAGUGUGGCCAUGGCCGCUUCCAAUGGACCCUCUACUUCGUGCUGGGUCUGGCCCUCAUGGCAGACGGUGUGGAGAUCUUCGUGGUGGGCUUCGUACUGCCUAGUGCUGAGAAAGACAUGUGCUUGUCCGAGCCCAACAAAGGAAUGCUGGGUCUUAUUGUGUAUCUGGGUAUGAUGGUGGGUGCCUUCGUAUGGGGAGGUCUGGCUGACAGAAUCGGGCGCAGACAGACUCUUCUCAUCUCUCUCUCCAUCAACAGUGUAUUUGCUUUCUUCUCCUCCUUUGUCCAAGGAUACAGCUCUUUCCUGUUCUGUCGCCUGCUCUCCGGUGUGGGGAUUGGUGGUUCGAUUCCCAUCGUUUUCUCAUAUUACUCGGAGUUUCUGGCUCAGGAGAAGCGUGGCGAGCACUUGAGCUGGCUCUGCAUGUUCUGGAUGUUUGGAGGCAUCUACGCUGCAGCCAUGGCCUGGGCCAUCAUUCCCCACUAUGGCUGGAGCUUCCAGAUGGGAUCAGCCUACCAGUUUCAUAGUUGGCGAGUGUUUGUGCUAGUGUGUGCGUUCCCCUCCGUCGCUGCUAUCGUGGCGCUAACCACCAUGCCAGAGAGCCCACGCUUCUACCUUGAGAACGGGAAACAUGAUGAAGCCUGGAUGAUUCUGAAACAAGUCCAUGAUACCAACAUGAGGGCAAAGGGCUACCCAGAGAGGGUCUUCUCAGUCACCACCAUUAAGACGGUGAAACAGAUGGAUGAGUUGGUUGACAUGGGCGGAGAGGCUACAGCCUGGCACCUGCGCUGGAGGAUGAAGCUCACCAACCUCUUCCAUCAGGUGUGGCGAAACUUCCUGACCAUCUUUAAUCCAGAGUACAGGAGGAUCACCUACAUGAUGAUGGCCGUUUGGUUUUCCAUGUCCUUCAGCUACUACGGUUUGACUGUUUGGUUCCCUGACAUGAUCAAAUACCUGCAGAAACAAGAGUACUCCUCACGCACAAAGGUCUUCAUUAAGGAGAAAGUGGAGCAUGUGACCUUUAACUUUACGCUAGAGAACCAGAUCCACCGGAAUGGAGAGUACUUUAACAACAAGUUCUUAAAUCUGAAAAUGAAGUCUAUGGUGUUUGAAGACUCCCUGUUUGAGGAAUGCUACUUUGAGGAUAUCACGUCAAGCAACACCUUCUUCAGAAACUGCACGUUCAUCUCCACCCUCUUCUACAACACUGACUUGUUCAAGUACAGGCUGAUCAACAGCAAACUCAUCAACAGCACAUUCCUCCACAACAAAGAGGGCUGUAUGCUGGAUUUCAGCGAUGAGAACAACGCCUACAUGAUCUAUUUCGUCAGUUUCCUUGGGACACUCGCUGUCCUGCCUGGCAACAUUGUGUCUGCUCUACUCAUGGACAAGAUCGGACGUCUAAGGAUGUUGGCGGGCUCCAGUGUGAUUUCCUGCGUUAGCUGCUUCUUCUUGUCAUUUGGAAACAGUGAAUCAGCUAUGAUCGCCUUGCUGUGUCUCUUUGGGGGCAUCAGCAUUGCAUCAUGGAAUGCCCUGGAUGUACUAACGGUGGAGCUGUACCCCUCCGACAAGAGAACUACAGCCUUUGGGUUUCUAAACGCCCUGUGUAAGUUAGCUGCAGUUCUGGGCAUCAGUAUCUUCCAGUCAUUUGUGGGCAUCACUAAAGCGGUGCCCAUCCUCUUCGCAUCGGGCGCUUUGGCCGUCGGAAGCUUCUUGGCUCUAAAGCUUCCGGAAACUCGCGGUCAGGUGCUUCAAUAAUCUAGUCAGCAGGUGGAGGUGUUUUAGUCGGGAAAGCUUGACUGUGUCACCCAACCCCAAACCCUGUCCGUGAGUGAGCAAUGCUGGAAGCAGUCGAAAGCAAACAUCACAUUUACAAAUCAGUUAGAGAUAUCUUCAUUCCUCCAACGUGUGCAAUUGUAUUAUUAUUUUAAUUUGACCUCAUUCAAAUCUAUAUGUAUAAAUGUAAUCCCUGGCAUUUUGAAAAGGGAAUAAUGAGACCCAUCCAGUUAUUCUAUGUUUCCAUUCAGCAGAUAAAGUUAUUUUCUGUAGUGAAUUGACCCCUUGAUCCACUUCUGAUCUUGUCUACAGGAAUAAUAGAGACCCUUUGUAUGUGCAGAAAAACUGCCAUGUUUAACACAUUCCAGCUUUGCGUUCUUUAUGGUACGAAUGUGAAAAUUAACAUGAUCAGUUUGACUUUCCCUUUAAACUUUGUCCAAGCCAUUGUGUGAUCUGAAAACCUUCACCGAGGACCCGUGACAUCAUUAGGUAGAUAUUUGAAUGGACAUGUUGAGCUAGUGGUCCUGGUCAUUGUCAUUGCUUUGCUCCCAAGAACAACAUUUUUAAGAUCGUGCAUGAUGGCACGCCUCACUUUUCAAGUUUGGAUGUUUCAAUGCAAUUACUACUAAAGUCACAUUAUUAUAGUCCGUAUCAUCGGUGAACACGUUUUUGGUUCUGUUUCAUCUGAAAAAUACCUUUGUUCUUUCAAGAUGUCUGAUUAAGGUGUUGUGCAUGUAAUGAUGUGUAAAUUCAUAUGAAUAUGCUUGAAGAUAGUGAACAUAACUGAAGAAAGUGCUCUGUUUUACUGUACCCUAACCAUGAUUCUUUAGACAUCAUUUCAAAUGUGAAAUACGUGACAUUGAUGGGUGGACUAGACAAGACGAACAGCUCUCUGAGCUUUGCCGUUAUCCAUAUUGUGCAUUAUUAUUAUUUAUCUAGUAUGCUAAAAACAGAACAUACUGUUUGCUUUCCUCGUAAUAUCAACAGAGCAGUUUCAGUUGUGUUUCUUUGAAUGUGCGCAAACCUUGAGACGAAAGUUACAUCGAAAGUUAAAUCAUCCAAAUCAUUCAGUCAACACAGGCAUAAAAACUAAAGGAAAAAAAUUAUUAAACGAAGCACAAGGUGAUUUGAUUAAACUAUCAAAACCAAUAGGUUUAUUUUGAUGAUUAUGUACAUUAUGUAUUGAAUAUAAAUAUAUAAAAAAUAGCUGUUAAUCAAGUCUGUCUGUUUGAACACACAAGUUAAUAUUAAAUAUACAAACAUAUAUAUACAUGAGAAAAAAAAUACUUCCAUGUUCAGAUGUUAAACUAGUACCUACAAGUCUUAGAUUCCAUUUGAUGUUUGUAUAUACAGAUUAUCUGUUUAUUAAGAGAUUUUG